UAACAAGCCAAACCCCAACCAGAUCAAUGUAAAUAAUGUCAAACCAGGCGUGGUAAAUGGUACUGGAGUACAGGCACAGAACACGGGAGCAGGACGGGCCUGUGAAAGCUGUUAUACCACACAGUCUUACCAGUGGUAUUCUUGGGGUCCCCCUAACAUGCAGUGUCGCCUCUGUGCAUCCUGUUGGACGUACUGGAAGAAAUACGGUGGCUUGAAAAUGCCAACACGGUUAGAUGGGGAGAGACCAGGACCAAACCGCAAUAAUUUGAGUCCUCAUGGUGUGCCAGUACGAAACAGUGGGAGUCCCAAGUUUGCUAUGAAGACACGACAAGCUUUCUAUCUCCAUACAACAAAACUGACAAGAAUUGCCAGACGUUUAUGUCGAGAUAUCUUGCGCCCGUGGCAUGCUGCAAGACAUCCCUAUCUGCCUAUUAACAGCGCGGCAAUCAAAGCAGAAUGCACAGCACGUUUACCUGAGGCAUCAGAAAACCCAUUGCUAUUAAAGCAAGUGGUUCGAAAGCCCUUAGAAGCAGUACUCCGGUAUUUAGAGUCUCAUCCAUGUCCUCCGAAACCAGAUCCUGCGAAGAGCUUGUCCAGUUCUCUCAACAAUCUGACUCCUGCUAAGUUUACGCCUGUCAUUAAUAAUGGGUCCCCAACUAUCCUGGGAAAAAGAAGUUAUGAACAGCACAAUGGAAUGGAUGGCAACAUGAAGAAGCGCCUGUUGAUGCCUAGCAGGGGUCUGCCUAACCACGGACAAACCAGACAAAUGGGACCAAGCCGAAACUUGCUGCUCAAUGGGAAAUCAUACCCAACAAAAGUCCGAUUAAUUCGUGGUGGAUCCAUGCCUCCAGUGAAAAGGAGGAGAAUGAACUGGAUUGAUGCACCAGAUGAUGUUUUUUACAUGGCCACUGAAGAAACCAGGAAAAUCCGCAAGCUGCUUUCCUCCUCCGAAGCCAAGCGAGCCGCCAGACGCCCUUACAAGCCUAUUAUCCUCCGGCCCAUCCAGGCAGUGCAGCUACGCCAGCCCAUGAAUGAUGAACCCAUAAUCAUUGAGGAUUAACACACGCUGAGCAGCUCUCCGGAUGACAGAGGAUCUGCCUGAAAGAAUCUCUUCUCCAAUAUAUACUUGAGUUUCUAUGGCUACAGCAUUGAACUAACUGUUGAAGGGAGGGAACUUUUGAGGAACUGUUUUGCAUCUUUUAAACCCUUAAAAGGAACUCGGCCCUGCUCUGAGCCUCUGACCACAGACUGCUCUCUCUCUCGCGCGCGCUCUCUCCUCUCUCCUUUCUUUUGUUUUUUCCUUCUCUUUUUUUUUAUUUUUUUUUAAAUUUUUGGUAGCCUCUUUUCCCCUUUGCUUCUACCCCUUUUGUAGACAGGGGGAGGGAAAGUAAGUUUAACUUAUUAAGAGAAUGUGGACUAGUACUUUUUAGCUUUGUUUCCUCUUCCAAUGUACGAAGAGCUAGAACCCUUCAUUUUUGUGACUGAGCUCUCGUUGCAAAGCCAUUUUUAUGAGGCUGUGUUGUAAGAUUUUUCUUUUUUCCUUUUUUUUUUUUAAAUUUUGUGGACGGUGCCAUUUUUUAUUUCAUUUAUAUUAUUUGUUUUGUAGAUAAAUUUCCAACCUUUAACUGAUAUUUGGAAAUAGGAGCUGAAAACCAGCCCCAGGUUCAGUCAGUUUUCUUUGGUCCUGUCCCUUAUGUUUUUUGGAUCAUUUUGCACGGCCAGUUGUGCUCAUGCACAAGACAGAAACAACUCAGGCUGAGAAAGGAGUGAGCUAAGAACUGAAGUACCUUGCAGAACAUUACACUAACAUUGUGUGCAGUGGAGGCCAGGCUGCCAGAAUUAGGUGUCCUUACUCUAGUCAAUCCCUGGGAGAUCUGGCCCGUGGCAUUUCUCCCAGUAACCAGCAGUUUGCGUGCUGCCUUCUCUCUGACAUCUGGAAUCCUACGUGCUGUUAUACCACCAAGACCCAGCAGUAGGCCCAGCAGUCCAGCAAGUGUAAUGAAUUGCUUUGCUCUGGCUCCAAGAGUCAAGUACACCAAUGCCCAGGGACAUUUUGCUUAGAACUCUGAACCUGUUUGUGCAUCAGUGUGUUUGGACACAUCUCUCCCAGGACGAGACCUGGUUUCUCUUUAAUUGCGUUACUGUAUGUUUCCCAUUUUGAAGGGAAUUUAAAUUUACAGUUGGGUUUUCAUUUGAGCACAUUGUGUCUGAAAUUAAGUGUUUUUUUCUCCCCUUGACAUUUCUUGUGUUUGAGGUUUCUUGCAUCUCUUGAACUUCUUAUGUAUUUGCAAAUCUGUAUAAUUUCUUUUUCAUAUGUCUUCUCAUUGCAGUGCAUUUGCUGAAUGCCCUGCUGUGUUUUGAACGGAUGUAAACUAUCAUUUGCAACUUGUGCUGAUCUGUACAUGUACCUGCCUCAAGCAGACACAGCAUGUAAUAACCCCCAAGUCAUUCCAUAUGUGUCAGCGGUGAGAUGAGCCAAAGUUGUAUUUGGGUUAUCACAGUCCAACCGUGAUUCUGUGCAACUCUGCUAACCCUCCGGGUUAGACGGAAAGGAAUCCCCACAAAAUGAAAACAAUUCAGUUAACUUUACUUAAUAAACCUGGAAAGUGAGCUUUUGUGAAA